AUGAUGGACUAUGCCGGAUCUCAAAACUCCAAUGUUCCCACCAAACGGCGUAAUAGCAAUCCUUUGCUUUCAGGUCUCACAGAAACUGUCAGUAUCUCUUCUGGCCAACAAGCCGAAGCUGUCCUUUCUAUAACUUCUCAACAGCAGGCUGGACUGCCUUCUUCACUCGACUUAGUUGGUCCUGUCAUUCAGCAGUCUAGUGUCGUGACAACUGGGACUGGCACAGUUGUUUCUAACCCGGCAAUUGCAUCACCAUCGACUAUCCCACCUUCUAUCACUUCUCCAUUUACUGGAGGCACUGUAAGUUUAAAGAUUUCAAUGCAAAUUUAUGUCAGUGUAUUUCCGAACAAGUUAAAGCCAUAUUUAAAUUCCAUAACGGCCGAUUGCUAA